UAUAAUCUCCAAUACUAAUCAACCCUAGCCGCUCGCCCAUUCAUCUUCUCUGUCCUCCCUCCCAACUUGCAAAACAUCAUAUCGUCUCAAAUCCAUCAAUGGGAGAAUCCAAAUUGGUUUCGCUCUCCUAAUAUUAUGCUGCUUCAUCUUCCCCGCCUACUAAUUCGCCGCCAUUGAAAAAGAAGCACGAAAGAGGAUUCAUGGAAGACUGCACUCAAACCGUUGUUCCGUCGUCAAUAUUACUUGCAGAAAUCUACUAUUUUUUAAACCUAAAUCCAAGAAGGAGAUUGUUGUAUGUUGAAAUUAUUCACUCCAGGUAAUUUUUAAUUUAUUUUACUGCAAAUUUAAGGAUUUAUCUUCAAUUUUUCUAGGAUCGGCACCCUUUGAGAUUAAUUUGAUUCCCUUUUGUUUGGUUCCUGGUGAAUUUUAUAGAUCUGGUGUUGUGUUUUUGAGUUUUUUCUUUUAUUUUUUUCAAAAAAAUUGGUUUUUUCUCUUCAAUUUAUCGAAUAUUCGGAAAUUAGGGUUAUUGAUUUUGUUUUUUAUUUUGGUUUGAUUCACGAUGAUGAGGAGGGACCCUGGAAAAUCCGUAGAUUACUUAUUAUGAAGGCAAACCUGAUAUUACAGAUGCUCCAAAGACCAAGUUCAGGUGAUACAUUUUUCACUAGACUUUGAACUUCCUGGUGGCUGGCAGAAGGAUAAAGAUGCAAUGGUUCUCAGUGUUAUUCAGACACAAUUGUUAAUUCAAGCCCAUUUAACUCGGGAAACAGCAGACCUACCUCCAACACUUAAUGGUGAUCUGAAACGUGUCCUGGAACUUGCACCUCGUCUACUUGAGGAGUUGAUGAAGAUGGCUUUAAUACCACGCACGGCUCAAGGUCAUGGAUGGCUUAGGCCUGCAAUUGGGGUUGUCGAGCUUUCUCAGUGUGUGAUUCAGGCACUGCAAUUCUUAGAUAUCCUGGACUUUUUGAUGUUGUUUCAAUGUCAUGUUAUAGUAGUGUUAGUCUUCCACAUCUAACUUGUCAUAGUUCUAAUCUUGCAUGAGUGAUAGUUUCUGUAAAGGUAGUGCUAUACGUGGUAAUUUGAUUGAGCGAACAGUCCGAUCUAUAGAUUGCUCCUAGAUUUUGGUCUUUGUCAUGAUCAUGUUUGAUUCUGAGCUAAUCCUUUGUUGGUUGUAUAGCUGGUUUUAGAAUACUAAGAUGCAGAUAGACAAAAUUCAGGAGUUGAUAUCUGCAGGAUCGACACUCCUUCAUGUUACAAUCUCAUUAUCCAAUUUCAAAGAAUGUGUAGAAUGAAUACUGAAUCAAGCGGUGAUGCAUAGCUCCUUCAACUAUGAAGCUGAUAUUUUUGAACUUUGUAUUGAGUGGCCUUUGUUUUGAAGAUGACAUUUUAGAAUAAUAAGUUGGAUGACAUUUUUUCUGCUGCUUGGUUGUUGUUUUGGUUGCGCGUUUCUGUCUUCUGCAGGUGUUUGGUGUUGUUUUCAGCUGCACAGGUGCUGCUUCUUGCUGUGUGCAGGGUGUGGGUUGUGCUCCUGAUGUGUGCAGGGUCUUCUGCAGGGAGUCCAGGUCUACAGGGAGUGUGGUGUUCGAUUGCUGCUGUGUGCAAUCUUAUAUUGCGUACCCUUUUAUUGCGUUUGGUUGUUAGGGAGUGGUCUGUACUCCUCUAACUUUUUCUGUUGUUUCGUUGUUUAGAUACUUUUGUUCAUACCUUUUGGUAUUAAAUUUGUAUUUUGGAGAUAUAUAGCUAGCUAAUUUAAUAGUUUUGACAUGUGUAAACUUAAUUUGAUGAUAUGAUAUGACAAUUUGGAGCGAGCUAAUACGUAUUAUUACAUAUAUAUAUAUAUAUAUAUAUA